AAGUCUUGGCGCGACGGACCCCGGAUUUCCUAGGUGACGACGAUCCACAGCUUCCGUACCUACGCUUCACUUCAUCCACGACCAUGCGCGUCGCAGCGUAACGUCCAUGGCGCUGGAUGAUUGAGCCAGCUGCCAAUCGAAUACGCACAAUCUCCCCGUGACGACAAUGGCCUCGAGCCACCACCACCACCACCUCAUGACCGCGAGCCCCGGCGGCGGCAGCGCCCCUGGCGAGCUCUCCCCUUCGUUUGCCCAGACAGGCGCCGAGUUCAGCCUCGACGACAGCGACGUGGACGACUUUGACCUCCAGAGCCAAGCGCGCGACGGCCGAGACGACGAUGCAUACGAGAUGCGCGCCCCGAGAAGAGCGGAGCACUGGGACGCUGGGGACGAAGACAAGUUGGCAACGGACUCGUCCGUGGAUAGCUUCCAGUUGUACACGCCCGACGAGGAGAUAGCCGUCCGGCGGAAAUUCGACAGGCGACUCGUCUUGUUCGUCGCACUGCUGUACAUGCUCAGCUUCCUGGAUCGAUCGAAUAUUGGCAACGCGCGCAUCGCAGGCAUGGACACCGAUCUCCAAUCCACACCGGCGCGCGCAGACUGGUACGAAUGGGCCCUCACAUCCUUCUACAUCUCCUACAUUGCCUUUGAAUGGAUGUCCCUCCUCUGGAAGGUCAUUCCGGCACACAUCUACGUCUCCAUGCUCGUCCUGUCCUGGGGCCUGCUCGCCUCGCUGCAGGCCGUGGCGACCUCGUAUCCCGUCCUCAUUGCGCUGCGGACGCUCCUGGGCAUCGGCGAGGCCGGCUUCACGGGCAUCCCCUUUUAUCUGAGCUUCUUCUUCAAGCGCCACGAGCUCGCCUUCCGCACCGCCCUCUUCAUCUCUGCGGCGCCCCUCGCGACGAGCUUCGCGAGUGUCCUCGCGUGGGCCAUUGUCAGGGUCGGCGAGCACAGCCCCAUUGCGCCGUGGCGGCUGCUCUUUCUCAUCGAGGGUUUUCCGUCCGUCAUCGUCUCGGCCAUUGCCUGGUCCGUGAUCCCGGACUCCCCCCAGACGGCGUCCUACCUCACCAAGCGCGAGAAGAAGGUCGCCCGUCUCCGCCUACGCGCCGAACAGCCCUCAUCGUCUUCGACUAAGCCAACGUCGGGUCUGAAGCUUCCCGAAGCCCUCGCCGUGCUCAAGGAUCCCCUCGCCUGGCUCCCCGCAUGCAUGUUUUUCCUCACGAACAUGGCCUACUCCUCCCUGCCCGUCUUCCUCCCCAAGAUCCUCACUGACAUGGGUCACGACGCGCUCUCGGCCCAGGCCCUCUCCGCCCCGCCCUACCUCCUCUCUUUCAUCGUUGUGCUGCUUACGGCGCGACUCUCCGAUCGCCUGCGCGCGAGGACACCCCUCAUCGUCUUCCACGCAGCAGCCUCGUGCGCAGGCUAUGCCGCACUCGCCCUCGCCGAACCGCUAGCUCUGUCGGCCACUCUCCGCUAUCUAGCCGUUUACCCAGCGGCCAUUGGCUUCUUCAACGUGGUCACGCUGCUGAUUACGUGGACCAUCAACAAUCAGCCCUCAUCGUCUCGUCAGGGGUCAGGCUUCGCCCUGAUGCAGCUUGUCGGCCAGUGCGGACCUCUGGUCGGCACGCGACUGUACCCCGACAAGGAUGCGCCGUACUAUGGCCCCGGCAUGCGGACUUGUGCUGGUGCUAUGCUUCUUGUCACGCUGCUUGCCAUCGCCCUAUGGCUCUUCCUCCAGUAUCGCAAUCGCAAGCUGGACAGGGAAGAGCAAGCGAUGGGCGAACACGGCAGCUUGGUAGAAGAGGAGGGUCUGGUUGGUUCGGGGCGGAAGAAGACGACAGGCCAGCCAUUCCGAUACAUGCUCUAGGACGAAUGUACAGAGGUGGUCGAGAGGAAGCAUUCAAUCCCAGCGAUAUGUCAGUAGCACCAUUUGCGAGCCAUUCAAUGUUAUGCAUUAUCCUGCUGCGCCUACCUCUAUUUCUAAAGGCCGUUUGGGGCAAUCACCAGGCAAAGUAUUGUGCGAACGCCAUGCGCCUCGCUAUUACCAGACAGGAUUUACCAGAAAGGAUACAACUUCAAGACGAGCCCUUGAAUCGAAGCUGUGACAUUUUCGACACAAGAGCAUCACCCCCCGCAGCACCUCCAAACUUCAUCCAGCUCGGCGCCCCAUACUUGCUCGCACCUUCCUGCCACCAUUCCUCACUGGUGUUUAUGUCUCCAUCGUUACGGACACCAGGGGGGCUGGAUUUCGGAGUGGCAGUA